GAAGAGGAUUGUUGGCGAACCUGCCUGUCACAGUUAUUAAAUAAUAAAGUCAAAAAUGUCUAGUUUACGGCAAUUAACAAAAUUUUCGAAAGAGCUCCUGUUGAAAAACAACAACAUCAUUGCCGCGGGCGCCGUAAGGAACUCCUCCGACUGGGUGCCACAGGAAAAAGUGACCCACACUGGACAGAAAUGGGAAGCGGACGACUACAGGUUGGCCCGUUUCGUAGACAGGCCGAAGCACGUCAACCCCAACUUCGCCAUUGAUUUGAUCGCACAAGUGCCCCCGAAGGCUUGCAAGGAACGUGUUGUAUGGUGUGACGGGGGCAGCGGACCCACCGGACACCCCAAAGUUUACAUUAAUUUAGACAAGCCUGGUGAACAUUCUUGUGGAUACUGUGGAUUGAGAUUCUAUAAAGAAGACUCUCAUCACUAAAGAGACUUUUGGGUAGUAUGUAAAUAUUUUGUUGCUUAAAUAAAAAUUGUAACUGUAAA